AUGUCAAGCAUCCUGAAAGUUGAAAUCGAGCAGUUAGAGGGAAGGUUCCACAACAGCGUAAUCAAUGAUGACUUUGGUAAACAUCCUGCAGAAAAUGUGGAAGAGGAACAAGCUUUUAAAAGAUCUAGAAACACUGAUGAGAUGGUUGAAUUAUGCAUUCUGUUUCAGAGCAAGAAUGCUGCAGUGAUUGGAAAAAGAGGCAAGAAUAUUAUGGCUUUGCAUACAGACUACAAUGCCAGUGUUUCAGUCCCAGACAGCAGUGGCCCUGAGUGUCUAUUGAGUAUCAGUCCUGAUUUUGAAACAAUUGGAGAAAUUCUGAAGAACAUCAUCCCUACCUUGGAGGAGGGCCUGCAGUUAAAUGACCAACGCUGUAAAGGAAGUGUCGACUUUGACAGUGAGUUGCGGCUGUUGAUUCAUCAGAGUUUGGCAGGAGGAAUUAUUGGGGUCAAAGGAGCUAUAAUCAAAGAACUUCGAGAGAACACUUAGACAACAAUCAAGUUUUUCCAGGAAUGCUGUCCUCAUUCCACUGAUAGAGUGCUUCUUAUUGGAGGAAAACCUCAUAGGGUUGCAGACUGCAUGAAGGUCAUCCUUGAUCUUAUAUCAGAGUCUUCCAUCAAAGUAUGUGCACAGCCUUACAAUCCCAAUUUGGUGGACCUAUUAUUGCUACACAAGAAACUACUCCCAAAGAUUUAGCUGGAUCUAUUAUUGGCAAAUGUAGUUCAGCAGAUUAAACAAAUUCGGUAUGAGUCAGGAACUUCGAUCAAAACUUAUGAACCC